CCGAAAAUUCCGGAAAUUUACGAGAGCCGUUUCAUUGGUUCAGUCGAUACAUUGAUAAACACAGCAUCGGUUCCUGUUUCAUUUCGAAAGCAUUGUAUUGGAACUAAAAGUAAAAAUGUCGACUGUUUUAUCAUUAAUGUGUGUGUUGUUUAUGUUCUCGGCGGUAAGAGGUGGCAAUUAUCAACCGCGCGCAAUUCAGCUUACAGAAGAAACUUGGCCAGAUAUUUUGGAAGGAGAAUGGAUGGUAGAAUUUAUGGCCCCAUGGUGCCCAGCAUGUCAGUCCUUCCAGAGUACAUGGGACGGGUUUGCACAGAAAUGGAGCAGAGAUCUCGAUGUGAAAGUAGCCACUGUUGAUGUGACUGUCAAUCCAGGCUUGAGUGGGCGAUUCUUGAUCACAGCUUUGCCUUCUAUUUAUCAUGUGAAGAAAGGAGUGUUCAGGCAAUACCUUGGAGGCAGACAGGAGACAGACCUAAUUACUUAUAUUGAUGACAAAAAGUGGCAAGAUGUGCAGCCUGUAUCAAAGUGGUUGACACCAGACUCUAUCCAAAUGGGACUGGUUGGACUUUUCUUUAAAUUUGCAAUGAAAAUACGAGGCAUUUACACGAUGAUGACAGAUGAUUACGGGAUCCCAGAGUGGGGGUGCUAUGUGAUAUUUGCUGUUUUGACCAUCAUUGCUGGUCUUGCCCUGGGGCUGCUGCUGGUGUGUAUCUGUGACCACAUGGGCCCUUCCAGACAGUACCCAUUGCCAAAGGACCUUAUGGGGCCAGAAUUGGACAAGGAUGGGGACCUGAUAGAUGACACACAGACGGCUGAUGGAGACGAAACAGUCAGGCGAAGGAAAGUGAGUAAAGACGCCGGAGAUAAUAGUGAGAAUGGAGAGGAGGAAAGCGAAGAGAAUGACACCGAAAAUGAGGGUGAAAAUGAGGGUGAUGCCACACAAAAGCCAUCUGAUUCAAAGAAAGAUAACUGAUACUAAUGCCAUUUAGUGACUGUAUAAGAGAUGUUAUAUUUUUAAAUGCAAAACGUUUUCUGGUACAUGUUUGGUCUAUAUGAGUUGGUUUGUCAAUGAUUUAAACAAUUUGUCUGUUUUUAAAGUUCAUUCAUUUGUGUGUUUGAAACUAUUUUAAAUUGUGUAUGUUUGAUAUAUCAUGCUUUGUUUACAUGUAUCCACGUUAAGUUUUAGUUUUUGUGCAAUGUUUUACGUAUGAAUGCUUUUUUUAGCUCACCUGAGCACAUUGUGCUCAUGGUGAGCUUUUGUGAUCGCCUUUUGUGCGUUGUCCGUCGUGUGACGUCAACAUUUGCCUUGUUCACUCUCUAGAGGCCACUUUUAUUGUCUGAUCUUCAUGAAACUUGGUCAGAAGAUUCAUCCCAAUAAUAUCUUCGACGAUUUAGAAAAUGAUGCCGGUUGGUUGAAAAACAUGGCCGCCAGGGGGCAGGGCAUAUUUCCUUAUAUGGCUUUAGUAAAACCUUGUUAACACUCUAGAGGCCACAUUUAAUUUCCGAUCUUCAUGAAACUUGCUCAGAAGAUUUGUCCCACUGAUAUCUUUGCUGAGUUCAAAAAUGGUAACCUUUGCUUGAAAAACAUGGCUGCCAAGGGGCGGGGCAUUUUUCCUUAUAUGGAUAUAUAUGGCUUUAGUUAAAUCUUGUUAACACUCUAGAGGCCACAUUUAUUGUCCAAUCGUAAUGAAACCUGGUCAGAAAAUUCAUCCCAAUAAUAUCUUGGACGAGUUUGAAAAUGAUGCCGGUUGGUUGAAAAACAUGGCUGCCAGGGGGCGGGGCAUUUUUCCUUAUAUGGCUAUAGUAAAACCUUGUUAACACUCUAGAGGCCACAUUUAUUUUCCGAUCUUCGUGAAACUUGGUCAGAAGAUUUGUCCCAAUAAUAUCUUGUUAUCUCAGGUAAGCGACUUUGGGUCUUUCAGGACCUCUUGUUAUGAUUAAUGGGUGUAUGCAUAAUCAUUUCUCUCAAUUAUUAUCAAAAAAGCUCAUUUUAUUGUACAAUAUAGCUUUAAAGCUUAACCUCAAACCACUUUAAUAAGGAAACAUUAAAAGAACAAAUAAAUACAACAGUUUUGUUUACAUUCAUCAUUUAUUUGUAUUAAACAAGCAAGAAUUACUUGUUAUAUAUAUAUAUAUAUAUAUAUAUAACCUCUCCUGUUGUGUUGUUUGUAGCUUUUGUUCCAACUUAAGUGAAAGUAUAAUUAUGGUAAUUUAUCACGUUAUUUUCCAUAGUUUCUGUAUAUUAGUUACUCAAUGUUACAAACACUAUUUAAAGGGGCAUUUUCAGGUUUUGGUAAAUUGACAAAAUAAAAUAAAAUGUUUCAGAUUUGCAAAUAUUUGUUGUAGUUAUGAUAUUAGGAAACAGUAAUACUAAGCGUUUACCAUGCUGUAAAAUAUCCAUUCUAUGCAUCUUUUGACGAUUUAAAAACCUGAAAAUUAUGAAGCGUUGCGACGCUAAAUGAUUGAAUAAUUUUGAGAGUUCUGUCGUUGUGGUGAUAUUUUGUAAAACAAUGAGGAUUGCUUAUAUAAAGUAUAAAAUACAUCAUUCAUUGUAUGCGCACGGAUGGCCAAGUGGUCUAAGCAAUAGACUUUCUCCAGGGAUCAGUGGUUUGAGCCUAGUUGGGGGUUACUGUUUUGUCUUUAAUUUUAUUCUCUUUUUUUUACUAGAGCUGUUUUAGAUCCAAUGUUUACAUUAUAAAUAUAAAGCAUUUAAUGACUAAGUUUAAUACAUUCCAAAAUCUGUGAAAAGGUCCCUUUAAUACUUUAGAUUGCCAUAUUUGUUACAAAUAUGUAUAUCAAAUACCUGUAUUUCGUUUCCUAUGCGCCUGUCAUCGUGUCUGUUGGUGAUUUAAUUUAUUAACAUAUGUUUAAGAGUGUUACUCUAUGCUGAUAUUUUUACUUUUUAGAAACAGUACUCAAAUCUGAGCUUGGAAUUAUAUACACUCAGUGUUAAUACACUACAAAUAUGAUCAUAUGACCGGUAAUAACUGUAUCGUUAAUGCUUUCUAAUUGCCAAAAAGAUGUUUUCAAUAGUAUAUAGUAAAAGAAAUCAACUUGAAGGAUGUAUCUGAAUCGAAUUAUAGAGAUUUAAUUUAACACGUGUUAUGAACAUGUGAUAGCACAAUAUAUGUACAUGUUGUACAGGUAAAACAUGGAUGUGUAGGUUUUUUAGUUUAAAUGGCUUUGCUUGAUUUGCUUUUAUGUGAGUCAGAGAUUUUCAUGUUGGCGUGAAAUCCCACUUGCCUAUAGUGUCUGUAUUUUUAAACGAGUAGAUCAUUUUAGUAGUGGUAGUGUGUCAAUUGGUCAAAUAAAAGCCAUUGGAAUGGUACAAUCGGGGCUUUUAUCUUGAUUUGAUGAUAGGGCCUGGCCUUCUAUUUUUGGGAAGAAAUUUGGGGAAAUUUGCGAAAUUUAAGAGAAAUUUUCUUUUGGAAAGGGGCCUUUUCCUAGGAGGAAGGGGCUGUUAUAAGGCCGUUGCUAAAGAAGGGGAAAAGGCCAUGGUACAAUACUUGAUGGACAUUCCAUUAUUUGGUUAAUUUUCAAUGUGAGCCUUUCUUUGGGAAAACAAGGCUUAAUGCAUGUGCUUAAAGUAUCGUCCCAGAUUAGCCUGUGCAGUCCGCACAUGCUAAUCAGGCACAAUAUCUUCUGGUAUUUUUCGUUUAAAUCAAGUCCCUCCUUAGCAAAAUUCCAGUUUAGGCAGAAAGAGUUAUCCCAUACUAAUCUGGGAUGACACUUUACACCAAUGCAUUAAGCCCUGUUUUCCUAGAGCUAGGCUCAUAUAGAUUGUGUACAGGUAAAGAACUCAAAUUAUGUUAAAUCAUUCACAGAGAAUAUUAUGUUCAAAAGGUCAUGUAAAAGUAGCCUCCCUUUCUAUGGCAAAAAAAUGUGUAAGCAUUUCAAGAUAACAUUCAAUAUGGUUCCAUUAGCAUUUUUAUGGGGAGGAAAGCAAGCAAUUUAAUUUAAAUUUGCAUUGCAUGUUUUCUUUUUCUUUUUAUUCAACAUUUGAAAGGUCUUAGAAAAUGUAGAUUUGUGAAAUAUUAAACAUGUUUGAAAAUAUAUCCAUUCUUAUUGUUUUAUAAAUGUCCUUUCUUUAUUUUAACAAGUUGUUUUUAAAAUAAUGUUUUCUGUUUCGGAUAUACCAUAUUUUGCAAUUGUUUGAAAUGUGCUAUAAUAGCCCUUUUUGUAGAAUUUGUUAUCUGCCAGACAGCUGUGUUUAUUUUUAGCAAGUUCUAGCAACGAUUUUAGUGGUGAUUUUAGUUAGGUUUUUACCUUUUUUUCGCCUUAAAUGCUAUUCAUGACCAUUGAAGUUUUACAAACGUAUCAUACAUUUAUGUUGCUUUAAAGAAAAAAACUUUCAAACCUUUUUAAUGUACUUUUUUUUUUCUUUUAAAUUGUAAACACUUAGAAGCCAAAUACAUAUAUUUUCAUUCUUGUGUUUAAUCUAUAAUGAAUAUAUGAAGACAUUACUAUGCACACAAUGUAAGAAAUUACAUUUUAUUUAUAUA